AUGCGCUACACGCUGGGGUCGGUUUCGUCGGCGUGCGAUGGCCUGAGCGCCGAGGAGCGGCGCCUCCUGCGGGACAGUUUCGUCUACCUGGACACCGACGGCGACGGCGUUGUGCGGCCGCAGGAGCUGAGGGACGCCUUCGGGGAGGACGUGCCGGCGCCGGGGCUGCCGGGGAGCGAGACGCUUGAUCUUGCCGCGUACCUGGAGCUCUUUGCCCGGCACAUGGGCGCGGUGAGGCGGCUCCCGCUCAACGUCUCCGUGGACCUCCUCGACGACGAGAUGCGCCUUCUGGAGGUGGCCUUCGACAGCAUGGACACGAACGGCGACGGCUUCAUUGACGAGGAGGAGCUCUGCGGCGCCCUCACCGAGAGUCUGGGCAUGUGCGAGACCGACCACCCCACCGUUUGGUUGACGGGCGUCGUCAUGGCGCGCGUUGACCGCGACGCCGACGGAAGGCUCACGGCCUCGGACUUUAUCCGUGCGCUGCAGGAGGACGGCGGCGCGGUCCCCAGGCAACUGCUCACGCUUCGGCUAAAAACUGCAACGGAACGGGGUCGGUUGCGGGCGGCUGCCGAUUGCCUUGGGAGUGGCGUGCUGGCUCCCCUUCGCCGCCCUUUUUCUUCCCAUGCGGUGUUUCUUGUGUUGCGCGUCGCCGACGCGCGUCUGUGCAACGAGGCCGUGUUGACAGCUGCGCAGUUUUGUGCCUCCUUCACCGAGGGCUUUGUGGGUCUGCAGCAGUUGCUGGACUGCGUCCCGGAGGAGUUGGCGUCGCACCUGUGCCGCCGGGCCCUGCUCCUGUCGCCGCACCCGGACACCGUCGGCGGCAUCGACUGCAGGCGGUUUUUGGAACUCAUUCUGGACGACCCCGGCCGCAUGCUCCUGAACGUGCCGCCGCACGCCUGCCGCCUGGAGUCCUCGAUGCGCCACCUGGAGUGUCUUUCUUACGAGGUCGGGCGGCAGCUUGCGCUGACUUUGUGGGCCCCCGACCUCGACGCGUACACCGUGCAGCAGCUGGACGAGCUGCCGCGGCGGCUGCGGGCCGCGUUUCCGGCAAUGAAGCGGGUGACUUUGUGGUCCAUAGUCCGCGACUGCACCGCGGCGGCGGUGGUGACCAGCGACGCGGUGUUUUCGCUUCGGCGGCUGGUGCGACGACUGACAAUCCGCUUCUGCGUGCUGCCGCGCGGGUACGCGGGGCGAUUUUGGCGGCGGCUGAGCCCCCUGGAGCGCUGCCGGAUACGCUCCCACCUGCUCCGCACCCCCGUGGAGGAAUUCUACACCGCGACCCGCAGGGAGGUCUGGGAGCGCGUGCGGGCCAGCCUGCUCGGCUCGGACGACUUUCUGGACCAGGAGUCGGUGGCCUCCGCCGUGGCGGCGUGCGUGGCGUCGAUGACCGUCGAGCAGCGGCUGCCGCCGGAGGAGGUGCGGCGGGCGAUUGCGCAGGAGAGUUGGCCGCCGUCGGACGACUUGGCCGGCGAGGACUGCCGGCUGGACAUUGCCGUGAAGAUGCUGGCGGUUGACUUGGGCCGCGAGGGACUUUCCGCCGUGGCGAAGUCGCUUGGCCGCCUCGACACGGCGGCCGACGGCAUCGUCAACGAGGAGCUGCUCCUCUCGACGCUCCGCGGCGUGGUGGGGCGGCUGCGGCCGUGCUGGAGCAGCGCGCGGGUGGACGGGGCGGUGUGCGACGUCGUCUUGAGCUGCGAGCUGACGGAGGGGGGGACGUGCGUGAAGUGCGGCGGCCUCCUGGAGCGCCUGCGGCUGGUUCAGUAG